AUGGUCCACACGGUUCGGUGGCUGUCACGAGGUGAUGCGGUGCGCAGGCUGUGCAAGGUCCUCGGCGCUUGUAUCGUGCUGCUCUGGGAGCACAACCACAAGGCCUACGGGAUUGUGACGUGCUACAAGUUCCAGUUCUGUUUAUUCUUGGCCGACAUUCUGGCCGACAUGAACGACCUCAACCGCUGCUUCCAGAGACGUGAGCUGGAUGUGACUGAGAUUGCGAAGACUAUUGAGUCCACCACGGGUGAUCUGACGGAGCGCUACUUGACGACAACCAAACCGUUCGGGGGCGAGGGGAAGAGCUGGCUGGUAAACUUCCUCAAGGUCCACAAGGAGGGUGGAGGCAAGCAGGUCCGGGUUCGAGGCGUGGGCGGAGAGGGACGCCCACUCAACCACCUCUACACCAUGCAUGAGAGGAAGCUGAAGGGCCACAAGCAGGGAAGUACCUACGGAGACUGCGUGAAGCUGUGCCGCCAAUUCGCCCGCGACUGCGUGGACAACCUCAGCGACCGGCUAGAUAACCUCGGGAAGCUGGGCCCGACGAAGUUGUUCCGGGCGGGGAAGUGGUCGAAGAUCAAGGCCCAGCAAGAGAAGAAGUGCAAGGAGUGGCUGCACGGAUGCAGCAGGCUCUUCCGCCACAAGCUGCCGGGAUUCGACCUCAAAGCAGCAGAGAGGGAGCUCUCGACAUUCUGCGCGAUCAUGGAGACACACCAUGAGAUGGAGAGCUUCUCCCAGGGCCUGUCCAUGCGGAGGAGGCGCCCUGUGAAGAGCCUGAAGCUGGCCAUGGCAGAGAGGGAGAGGAAGGGGAAGCAGAAGGAGGAUGAAGAUGUGGCUACUGGAACUGCCAGGGAGAACGAGGACGAGGGGAAGGAGGAGGAGGACGAUGAAGUGUAA